GUUCGCGGUUCAGGCUGACUGGGUGACUCCAUCAUCUGAAUUUGGCCUGUGGCAAGAGCCUGUGAUUGGGUCCGGACGCGGAGCCGCUCUCUUUAACGUGCGCCUCGCGAGCGCGCGCGGGACAACGCCGUAGGAUUAUCGGAGAGAAAUAUCGCUCAUCAUCACCUUCGCGUUUUCUCAUCGACACGCGCGGGCGAGAGCGUGUGCGUGCCUGCGUGCGUGCGUGUAUGUGCGCGCGUGUGUGUGCGAGAGUGCGUGCGUGCGUGCGUGCGUGUGUGUGUGUGCGUGUCCGUUUAAGCCUAACUUUUUUUAAAGGAUGAUAUACCUUGGAUGUUUCCUGUUUCUUUUUUGUGGGCUCACGCGUGUCAUGGGAAGUUACCCGAUAUGGUGGUCUCUGGCCGUGGGACACCAGUACACUUCACUGGGUACUCAGCCCAUCCUGUGCAGCUCAAUCCCCGGCCUGGUACCCAAACAGCUCCGCUUCUGCCGCAACUAUGUGGAAAUCAUGCCUAGCGUGGCAGAGGGGGUGAAGAUCGGCAUCCAGGAGUGUCAGCAUCAGUUCCGUGGACGCAGAUGGAACUGUACCACUAUUAAUGACAACCUGGCCAUCUUUGGACCGGUGCUGGAUAAAGCCACUCGAGAAUCAGCAUUUGUCCAUGCCAUUGCUUCGGCGGGGGUAGCGUUCGCUGUGACGCGGGCUUGCUCUGAGGGCUCCGUCACCAUCUGCGGCUGUGACACACGAAGGAAAGGACCGCCGGGCGAGGGCUGGAAGUGGGGUGGCUGCAGUGAGGAUGUGGAGUUCGGCAGCAUGGUAUCCCGAGAGUUUGCAGAUGCUCGUGAGAAUCGUCCAGACGCUCGCUCGGCUAUGAAUCGACACAACAACGAAGCUGGGCGUGUGUCAAUAACAGACCACAUGUACCUGAAAUGUAAGUGUCACGGCCUUUCGGGAAGCUGUGAGGUGAAAACCUGUUGGUGGUCGCAGCCUGACUUUCGGGUGAUCGGCGACUACAUGAAGGACAAGUAUGACAGCGCAUCAGAAAUGGUGGUUGAGAAACAUCGGGAAUCACGAGGCUGGGUCGAAACCUUACGACCGAAGUACACCUUCUUCAAGCCCCCUACCGAAACUGACCUGGUCUACUACGAAAGUUCGCCUAACUUCUGCGAACCCAACCCGGAAACCGGCUCCUUCGGCACCCGUGACCGAAUGUGUAAUCUGACAUCACACGGCAUUGAUGGCUGCGACUUGCUCUGUUGCGGUCGAGGCCACAACACUCGAACUGAGAAACGCAAGGAGAAAUGCCACUGCAUUUUUCACUGGUGCUGCUACGUGAGUUGCCAGGAGUGUACUCGAGUUUAUGAUGUCCACACUUGCAAGUAAGAAACCACCAAAACCAAAACCAGAUUGGACCAUAUUUUUUAGGUUGUGAACACGCGAGAGCCUUCAGUCCGAAACUUGUGGAGUUGUUUGUGGUUUCACUAAUAAGAUAAUCUCAAAAAAGAGAUACAGUGAAGUAAUUCUAGAACACCAUCAAAGAAAGCUGUUUCAACAGACACAAAGAAAAACCCAUAAGGGCUUUGUUCUCCAUUGUUGAGGACAAAUACAGGCUGGUGGCUCAGCUCUGGAAGGGACUUAUCGUUUCCAGUCUGAUACAGGAGGGGAUAAGUGAUGGAUCAGAUUACUACUGACUCGGGCCCUUGGGACCUUGACCAAUUGUGUCUCCAAGAAAAGAACAGAAACCUUUCAAAGGGAGAGGUUUUGUCGGCACGUGGCUGCAAACUCAGAUGGGACAACUCUGUAACAACAAAUGUAGCACAAACUGAAUGCUAGAGUUUGCCCGCAAGCGCCUCUGAAAUGUGGUGAUAGUUGCAUUAUUAAUGAUAGCCUUACUACUAACACCAUUAAAGAAGCUAUUUGUAUCUUUUUAAUACAAAGUGCAUUCCAACAUUCCUAAUCUCCAGCAAACAAACGAUUAACCAGUUCUUUUAUAACAUAAAAUACACUUCAUGUUGUCUCUGAACCAAACACUGAACUUAUGUAUUAGGUUGAGUUUAUUAAAAGUUACUAACAUUAGGUUACGAAUGCACUUGUAUCUAAGGUGAAUGUCCAUGCGUUGUGUAUAUGUCACUGUUUUCUUGAAAAGUAUCAAAACCUCUUCUAGAUAAUAUAGUUUAGAGUGCUAUUACACUUGGUUUGGUUGGUCCAGUUGACUCUCCUUUUCCCUGACCUUGCUGGGUUGUGUUCACACUGUGUUUUUGGAUCUGAACCAUGGUAAACUUGAUAAGAGUUAUGCAGGAGAAGCCUGCAAAAUGCACCGACCUACUCAGUUUUAUACUUUGGGUAUUUUUUUUAUCCUGGGCUUCUUUCCGAAGGGUCAACGGAGAAUGGCACUUGCGCUUGUCUGUGCGAAUGUAUUGCAAAGGUUUCAAACAACAUCUACUUGCUAUUGGAAAAACAAACAGCCAAUGCUGAUGUUUCGAAGCAUGGCUGCCUAUUUAAAAUGUCCUUAGCUGGUCAUGAGCUGUUUUAAGCUGGUUCUUAGCUUGUCAUGUGCUAGAUUCUGCUCAGGACCAGCUCAGGACCGUCACAUGACCAGCUUAAACCAGUACAAAACCAGCAUCCAUGCUUUAAAACAUAGGGAUGUGUCCUGCUUGUCAGGAAAGUGAAUGAACCGCUGAUCUAUGUUCGUUAUUUUAGAUCAGAGCACACACAAGCACAUCAUUUGACUUUGAUGCCAUCAACAGAGGUUUACUCAAGCGAUUUAGGACGAUUGCAUUCAUAUCUGCAGUAAGUUUAAGUUGUGGACUUGUGUUCGAUUGACUAGUACCCACCAGAAUUCCAAAAAAUGUGUUCACAUCAUCCAAACAAGCUGAAAUCUGACUUCAAACUAACCCAUUUGUGCAAGUGUGAAAGCACCCAGUUUUCCCCAAAGAUCAAUAAUCUAUUAAAGCUAAAAUAAAUAGAUGUGAGCACUUCUAUCUUGAAAUAUUCAUUUGCCUUAUUUGUGUGUGACAGUAUUAUUGAUGUUCCACAAACAGAGAGGUCCACGACAUUUCAGAAUAAAUAUAAAGGUAACUGUACCUUUAUUCAGUAGCUGAAACACUGUUCAUUUGUAAGUCACUGGAUAAAAAAUACUGCUAAAUCAAUAAUAUAAAUGUACAUGCAGGGUCCAAAAUUAACACUCGCUAAGUGUCUCCUGUGCAAGUAUAUAAUUGUUGAAAAUAAUUAUCAAGGCCACAGUAUCAUGACUGGUAUAUUUUCUCAACUCACCCACCUUUGACAGUAUUUUUGUUGAUUUUUAUAAGGACCCUGAUUAUAGAUUUUGUUUCUGCUAUGACAAAAUGAAUAAUUUAGUUUUUGAUCACACUCAAGUAUUUUUCAAACUUGCCUUUAAUAGCCAACAUAUGUGAAUUCAUGACCAAAAUUAAUGUUUUUAUUAUUAUUAUUGUUAUUCUAACUUUCCCUAGCCGGUUGUACAUGAAAGUUAGCAGCAGUGCAGAAACUAAAUGAACUACCCUCAUUUAUAAUGCUGCUAACUAUUAACAGGUUUGUUGUUAUAUUUAUGAGAGAUAUUGUGCUUGUGCAUUUGUGUUUCUCUGUGUAAAUCUACUGUAUGUGUCUUGGUGCUUGUAUGUAAAUGUGUCUGUAUAUGUGCAUGACUCUUUGUUUUCUUCUUUCUGUGAAAGACACUGUGUAAGCAUAGUUAAGAACUAAAAUGUGAAGUUUUCUACUAAUGAAAUCUUGAUAGAGAGUGUGUUCGUUAACCAAAUAGAGAUAUUCUAACACUUUUGUGAGUCCUUUUGAACAAUAGAUUAUAAAAUAUGUAAUGUAUGAAAAUUAAAAUGCAUAUUGUGUUAUUAAAAGCCACGCUAUAUUUUGACAAAAUAGCAUCAAAAACAGCUUUCUGAAGAAAAUACGUACCAUUGUUAUAUUACAAUUUAAAAAAUAUGUGUAACUAGUAAACAGACAGGAGAUUAACUAUUAGUCGGCCUAAUGUUGCAAGGAAAUGUGAGAAGGCAGAGAUAAAACCCCAGCUUGUAAAAUUCUUUGGCAGAAGUUCUUUUCACAGAUCUUUCCUCAAAGAAAAUUAACUCAAGUUUCCUCUUGCCCAUCUCACACUGAUUUAAUCUCUCAUCAAUCAGGGAUCAUUUCAAAGCACAUGCCCUAUUCAGCUUUCCACAAAGCUUUAUUUAACAUAAUGAUCCGCCCCUAACUACAAAAUCAAUACUUCAUGUUUUUAUGUGUACAUCACUGCAUCUAAAUUUCGACUGUUUGCUUCCACGCAGUUCAAUUUGUAUUCUAAACAUGGUCUUCAAAUCCAAAGUUUUGUAUGGACUAGUUCUGUGUUUAAGGAUUUCUGGAAGUUCUGGAUUUUUUUUAUGACUAUUUAUUUUACUGUAAUGUAUAUAUUAGCAAGAGUAUAUAUUUGCUGACAAAAGAUUAUUACUUGUGAGGAGUGUUGUUGUUUUGUGUAACUGUUUUACCAGCAACCAGAAUGUGUUGUUGCUUCUUUUUUCACUGACCACAUAGGAUGCACUGUAUGUCCUGCUCUCUGUUAUUAGAAUUCUAGCUGUUAAUGUUAUAACCAAAUUAAAUAAAAAAUACGCUUCUUUCGUUGA